GUCUACUACUUGUACUAUAAAUAACUAACCACGCCUUCACUCAGGGUGAUAGUUCAUUGAAGUUGUUCACUGAAGUGUCACAAAGCCAGUGUACAAGAAAAUGUCGUACCGAGCAGUUAAGGCAGGAUUAGCUAGGGAUACCCAAAUAAAGAUCGACUCCCAGUUUGACAUUGACGAAGCGAAGAAAUGUUUGUACUGGAUAGGGGAAAUAACUGGCGAAAACAUAGAGAUCCAGGACCUAGAUGACCGUAGAGAAAUGUCCUAUAGUUUCCAUGGUAUAAUGAAGGACGGAAUAUUGUUGUGCAAAUUGAUAGACGCACUUCUUCCUGAUGGAAAGAAAAUAGAUUUUACGAAGAAAACAUUCCAAGAGACAAAUAAUCAAGCGUUUAAAAUGGCGCGUGAGAGAGAACGAAUUGGCAUAUUUCUAAUGAAAGCGCAGGAAUACGGUGUUCCGGAUACUAACUUAUUUCAAACGGACUAUUUAUAUGAGAGGACUAAUUUAGUGCAAGUGUGUACAUGUAUAAGAGCUUUAGGAAUAGAGGCACAGAGUCGCCCGGGUUACCAGGGACCAGAGAUCUGGCCGAAAAAGUCUGAGCAUAAUGUGAGAACGUUCAGCGAGGAACAGCUAAAAGCCGGGCAGCAAGUAAUCGGUCUUCAGUACGGAUCUAACAAAGGCGCAAGUCAGGCUGGGAUGAGCUUUGGCAAGGCUAGAAUGAUUCUAGACUGAGAAGUUUAUAUUUUGAAAAGGAAAUGUUAUUUGCGUGUAGUGAAUCGAAACCGUGUCAAGGAACGAGAUUUACAACGUUAACUUGGUAUUGGACGAGAUAAAAAAAACUAUUUUGAAAAAUAUUAUGUUUAGAGGAAAUUUUGUAACGUACUCUGAAGAGAAAAAUCCUAACCAGAUGACCUACACAGAGUAUGCCCACAUCAUACAGCAUAUUGAAAUCCACUUUUUUUUUUCAAUUUUUUUUGUCGUUAUCUGAGCCGGGAACUCUAUAGAUUUGCUGUUCUCUUGUAUUCAGUAUUGCCUAAGAAAUGUAUUAGUAGAAAGUAACUGCACAAAGUUUUCUCAACAUUGAAUCCAUUGUUUUCAUUCAGGGAAAAUGUUAUGUGUAAUGAGGUAUUUGAAAAUUCUCUAUUCCAUAAUCAAAACAUUGUUUAUCUAAAUGUCAGUUUUUAAUCAAAAAUGCAUGUUUGUAAAACAUGAAAAAUUUAAAAGGAAAAGUGUUAAAACGUGUUAAAGUAUUGUUGCAAUGUACUCGGUGAUCGUUGAAGUAUUGUACGUGUAAUUUAUGAUAUAACAUGUGUAACUUCAUUGUACUUGUCGGCAGCCAUGUUUGGUACUUGUUUGUGUUGUUUUCUUAGUUUUUUUUGCUGAUCUCCUUACACCAUACGUGUGUAUAUGAUAUACAGUUAUAGAGAUAUCACAGGGAAUGUUAAUUAUGUAAACAAAGUUGACGAGUUUUGGCAGAGCCUUAUUACAAUAUUUAUUUUAACAUCUAUACGUACUGGUACACAAUGUACAAUCUAACCAUUACUCUUUCUCGUGUUUAACCUUUAGCCUGUUGGCGUCAAGCGAUUUUGCCCUUGCGACCGGGGCAGAUUAAGAUCAGCCUGUCUGCACGGAUAGUCAUGGUCUGCACUGCGCUAUUCGGUCAGUAAAUUUUCAGCGAACACCCCUUUGAAUAAUUAAUGGUACUACCCAAAUUGAAUGAUAGACCAGUCCAUUUUAGAAAUUUAGCAGGGUAAAGGUUAAGUUAGUAAUCAUGCCAUGGCCUGUAGACGUUCCCGAUGUCUCCAGCAGCUGAUCUCAUGUAGAAAGUUAGUUUCAUUAAUCUAUAUAAAAUAUAUAGAGAGAACGCACAGUGUGUUUGUUUAAGUCAACAUGUAACAAGCCUUUUACACCUGGCAUUGUACGUAAAAUGUUGAUAAAUUAUUCACGGCCUGGAACGUUAGGAAAAUUGGCUUAAACACACUGUAUUUUAACAAUGCGGAUUAAGUAAAUUAUAUAGAAGGGGAAUAAUUCAUUUAUUAUUGUACGAAAUAAAAUUUACUGGAUUGGUCUCCCUUAUCCCUGUACUUUAUCAUCUGUGUGUACUAACUGAAUAUAACGUAGUAAGACACAAGCAGAACAUUCAUAUAGUAGUGACACAAGUGCUAUAUUAUUGAUGAUCUCGUAUUGUUUAUUUCCAAGAACAACCCCUGAUUUCGGUGCUUAUUUGCAUACUAAUAUGAAUCAGACAUUUAUGUCUGUCAGAUCGAAAAAUGUUUGAUUUCAGUUUUUGUGUUGAAGCCCUGCGUUUCAACUCUUGUGCUAAAAUGUUUGUUAUUUUGUGUAGUAAGUCUUACUGUAGUGGUUUACCAGUAUUUAUCAGUAUUCUGUCUUGUUUGAUGCUGCCAUACGCACACUUAUUAUUCAAUAAAAUGUUUAAUAGUCACAAA